GAUACUCACCACCGUGGGACAAGAGGUGAACAAGAAGUGAACUAUAAAAUUACAGCUUGCAAUUUUUGCCCUUUUCCACGGAUUUUCGCAAUGAUUCGGUAAUUAUUAGUGCGAUAAGUAUCUCCAGUGCAUCGUAGAAGUCUCCUGGCGUGAUAUAAUUAUAUGUAUCACUUCUCUGGCUUCAGUUUUUAUUUAUCUCUCCAAGAAGACGGAGGCAAAAUAGUGCGAAAUACUUAGUGACAACACCCACGCGACAAUUAGUAAAGAAUGGCACUGCAUUUGUUGAGAAAUUCAGUGGAGAAACUCGGCGGGACGUCGAGGAGUCUCUCGAAAAGCAUCUUCACGAAACCCGUUGGACUUUCACCGUCCAUCCAUGUCAGCGCCCAGAGAGACUAUCCACAGGCGGCCGAGCUGCCGCUUCCGCCCAACAUUGACGCCGCGGAGACCAUGAGAUUCUCGCCGCAGCGCGCCAGGGACAUCUCCAGCACCGCGAUGGUGUGCCACGAGUCCAUGCAGGUGCACAGCAUGGACGUGACGCUGGACAACGAGCCGCGGGCGUCGGAUCCGCACGUGGAGCAGUACGACUGCUCGGGCGCCGUUCAUCUCAACUGCUCGAUGCAGAGCAACGUGCCGCAGCCCUUCAGCGGCGGCAGCAAGUCCAUGCAUCUGAACAUGCCGGGCGGGCAGUGGAGUCAGUUCAGCAAGUUCACGGCGGCGGAUCUGCAGGAUCAUCACUACAUGAGUCUGCGGCGCGAUCUGAAAGGUACGUGCGGAGGCAGGAGGAGCUUCUUAGCGCCCAUACUAACCCAGUCAGUGCAUCAGAAUGUGCAUUUGCUAGCGCCUCUAACGCAUGAGCGACUCAUAGCGCGAUUGUGUGCCACCAAAGAGGCUCCGGAGGCCACCAAGGAGCUGUCCAAGCGGGAGAAGCUGAAGAUUGCCGUGAAGGAUUACGGAUCCACUGUCAUUGUCUUUCACGUGACCAUCUCCCUCGCCUCCCUGGGCCUCUUCUACCUGCUCGUGUCCAGUGGAUUAGAUGUGAAGCAGAUCCUGACGGCGCUCAACUUGGGCGACUCGGCGCUGUCGGGAAAAGUGGCCACGGGCGCCAGCACGUUCGUCGUGGCCUACGCAAUCCACAAAGUCUUCGCCCCAGUUCGCAUUAGCAUCACACUCGGCGCCACGCCGUUCAUCGUGAGGUACUUGCGGAAGCGCGGUAUUUUAAAGGUCAAGAGCAAGAGUUCAUAGCUGAGCUUCGGCGACAUUUAACAACUGUAUUUUCGGUGAAAGCAUAUCAAUAUAUAUAUAUUUUUUAAUAAAGCUGUUUAUUCCGUAUCCAUA